UUCCUGAUAGCGUGUUGUUGGGUCGCUGUACUGUGAGUUUUGGCACCAUUCGGCUUCCGUCUUGCCCUUCCGGCACUUUUUGGUGGAACAAAGUCUGGUUUGUAUACCUGUGCGUGUACUCACGAUUUAAAGACUUUAGACGAACGUUUGCCUAAUUGCGUGACCAAUGUCGUCUGACUUGAAGAAGCGAAAGUCCAAGGUUCUCCGCAGUGAAGGAGGAACCCCAGAGAUUAAGCGAGGUCGCGGAGAUGGGGAUCAGCAGGAUUUGCGUGUGUACAGUGAGGAGCUGGAGCUGGAUGGGAAGGACCCCGAGCAAGACUACGUGCAAUACAAAAAGUGCUGUGAGAGUUUGGCCACACUCAUGAGCGAAAUACAGGAACUUAAAGCCAAUGGAGCCAAGGAAGGGUGUGCUGAGAUUGAGCAGAAGCGAAUGCAGAGCUGCAUCUACUUUAUGAAUCUGAAAAAACUCAAUCGUCUUGCACACAUGCGUCUAAAGAGAGGCAGAGACCAGACACAUGAGGCCAAACAGAAAGUAGAUGUACUGCACCUUCAGUUACAGAACUUGCUUUAUGAAGUUAUGCACCUUCAGAAAGAGAUCAGCAAGUGUCUGGAAUUCAAGUCUAAACAUGAGGAAAUCGACUUGGUGUCUGAGGAGGAAUUUUACCAGGAGGCACCGCAGGAGAUUUCUAGACCUCAGCUCACGAAAAAUGAUCCUCAUCAGCUUACGCUGGCACGACUGGACUGGGAGCUCGAGCAGAGGAAAAGGUUGGCAGAGAAAUACAAGGAGUCUCUGACUACAAAGGAGAAGAUCCAGAAGAGCAUUGAGGUGAAGAAGGAACAUCUGAGGAGCUUACAGCCAGGACUGAAUAACAUCAUGCAGGCCUCCCUCCCAGUGCAGGAGUACUUGUCAAUGCCUUUUGAACAGACUCAGAAACAGACAGAGGUUGCACGCCAUCUUCCUCCUCCUCUGUACGUGUUGUUUGUUCAAGCUAAUGCCUAUGGCCAAGCCUGUGACAAAAACCUGAGUGUAUCAAUUAGUGGUGAUGUGGAUGAGGCCAAAGCACUUUCCAAACCUCCAGAAGAUUCCCAGGAUGAUGAGAGUGAUUCCGAUGCAGAGGAGGAGCAAGAGAAAACGAAGCGGAGAAGGCCAACUACAGGCGGCCAGCUGGAUGACAAAAGACGAGAAAUGCUGAAAAGGCAUCCUCUGUCUCUUUGCCUAGACCUCAAGUGUAAAGAUGGCAGCAUCCUUCAUCUAAACUUCUUCUACCUGAUGAAUCUGAACAUCAUGACAGUCAAAGCAAAGGUCUCCACCUCCACAGACCUCAACGCAGCCAUCAGUGCAGGGGAUCUGCUCAAAGCAGAAACCCUGCUCUGUUGUCUCUACACUAACGACCAGGGACGGGAAACACCCAAUCCAGCUAAUCGCUAUCAGUUUGACAAAGUCGGUAUCGUUACUUUUGCUGACUAUGUGGAGGAGCUGGGCCAUCCAUACAUGUGGGUUCAGAAUCUUGGAGGACUGCCUUUUCCAAGUGAUGUGUCAGAGGGUGUGCGUAUGGGGAGUUCUCUCAGUGCCAGCCACAUGGAGAACACCAUGAAGCUGCUCAGGGGUCGGGUCCAGUCACGGUUAUCUUUACAUAAACAGUUUGCUUCUUUAGAGCAUAGCUUAAUCCCGGUCUCCGCUGAGUGUCAGCACCUCUUCCCUGCAAAGAUAAUUUCCCACUUAACCCGCUGGACCACUAUCACCUACCAGGAGUACAUGGAAAUGCCAUAUACGAGUCAUGUGACUGGUGCUGGGCUGGCAAAGGACACUGAUCUGUACUUCAUGGCUGUGGUUGAAAGAGGCACUGCUCGUCUCCAGGCUGCAGUGGUGAUGAGUCCUCGCUACCCAGAGAUCCCUCCUCUCUUCUCCCUGUCUCUCAGCUGGAAGGGAGAACGCACUGGACGCACUGAUGACAACCUUCGGGCCAUGGAGAGUGAGGUCAAUGUGUUCAAAAGUGAACUCCAGGGGCCACGUCCAGGACACCAGCUCCUCACAAAUCAGAUCUCACGCCUGUGUGUGUGCCUGGACGUGUAUUUGGAAACUGAAGGGCAAGACGACAGCGUGGAAGGACCGCGAGAGUUUCCCCGUGAAAAGAUGUGCCUGCGCACCGUCAGGGGUCCAAACCGUCUGAAGCCCUUCAAGUACAAUCAUCCUCAGGGCUUCUUCAGUCAUCGUUGAGACUAUACAUAUAAUUCUCCUACUGUACUGUAACUCCCAGAACCUUGUCUCUGUGACUUCUCAACACAAAAUACGUAUUUUAGUCUUUAUACCACUUUGAAAAUAAAAGAACCUGUAUUUUCAUGAA